AAGCUGGCAGAGGCUGAUGUGCUGACACUCGCUCUUUCUCUCUCUCUCUCUUCCUUCCUCUCUGGUAGACAAGGAUCACUCUCCAAAAUGUCUUUCGCUGGCACCUAUGAGCUGCAAUCCCACGAAAACUUUGAGCCUUUCAUGAAAGCCAUUGGUCUCUCAGAUGAUCUCAUUCAAAAGGGAAAAGACAUCAAGAGCAAGACAGAGAUUGUUCAGAAUGGCAAUCACUUUGUGAUCACAGUUACCACAGGUGCCAAGGUGCUACGUAAUGAGUUCAAUCUCGGCGAGGAGACAGAGCUGGAAUCAUUGACAGAAGAAAAAAUUAGGUCUGCAGUUAAUCUGGUGGAUGGAAAACUGGUUGUGAAACUUAAAGGAAUUACCUCUGUCACUGAACUGUCUGGCGAUCUUCUCACCAAUGUUGUAACUUUGAAGGACAUUGUCUACAAGAGAGUCAGCAAGAGAGUCUGAGAGAACAGUGUUAUUACUUUUUUGUGUGUAAUAUAAAAGUUUGUGAAA